AUGGCGCACUCCGAUUUCAUGGUCGUCCCUGCAGCGCAGUUCUUUUCUUUCUUCUUCGAAUCUCUCUUUUUCGGCAUCUUCGUUGUGCUAUACAGUAUGGCGCUGUGGGUUAGCUUGCCUAAGAUCCGCGUGAAAUCCACUCGAAGCAUCCUCUCUCUCUGCGGCGUGGCUACUUUCAUGUUACUCCUGGCGGGUGCACACCUCACCAUCGACGUGGCGCGCGGGUUCGAUGCGUUUGUUACCGAUUAUGGCGUGAAAAGCGCCUUCGGUUACUUCACCGAUGCUCAGAAGCCCACGUACAUAGCUAAACAAUUCAUUUACACAACGCAAACCCUCCUGGGUGACACUGUUAUGGCUUACCGGGCUUUCGUUGUGUCAGACUAUAACCCUUACAUACUACUCAUCACCACCAUUCUUUUGCUCGGAACUGCAGGUGGAGAGCAUAUUCUCAUCCAUCAUGACAAUAUAUUCUAA